AUUAUUAGUAAAGGAAAGGAAGAGAAAAGAAAAGAAAGGAAAAGAAAGGAAGGGAAAUAGGUUUUAUUUUCCUGUGUUUGGUUUAGGGGAAAGAAAUGAAGGGAAGAGAAGGGAAAGCUAAAUGACAGCUUUUAAUUUUCUCUUUCCUUCCGAAUUCCUCCAAUUUUGGAAGGAAAGGAAAGUGAAAAUUUUGUAAAGGAGCUUUCCUUCCAAUUCCUUUCAUUUCCUCCCACUUCCCAUAUAAUUAUUUGUACCAAAUACAGGAAACCUUAUUUUAUCUUUCCUUUAUUUUCUUUUCCUUCCAAUUCCUCCCAACCAAAUAAAGCCUAAUUCAUUUGGUCAUUCCACAACGUUAUUCUAGAGAGAGAAACAGACAUUAAAGAGAGAUGAAAGGGUCCUCGAAGGUGAUAAUGGGAGCAACAAUGUCAAUUGUAAUCAUCCUUGCCAUUGUGCUAUGCUUAGUUUUAGUGCUUCUAGCCGAGCUUUAUUGUUCGAUCCUUUUCCGGCGACGAAAGCUCAAGUCAGCGAAACCCGAUUCGAUUCCCGAAAACCCGAUAUCUCAACCUCAACAACAACCCCAAGAACAGUUAGUCCCUUCUCCUCUUAGCAGCUUCUAUGCUCAAGGAGUUCUAGAUGCUCCUAGAAGCUUCCUCUUCCCCAAACUCCCUAGCAAGCGAGAACACCGAGUUGAAAACGAUGACAUCGAAAGGCCAAAACAUGGGAAACUCCAUCAGUUCCUUAGUGUUCAAUCCCCACAACAAAUCGGCCUUACUUCUUCCUCCAUCAAACCACACCAACAACCUGAUGAAAACCCUGAAAUCAAUUUCAUGUACAUUUCAAACCCUGUUUUCGACAACGAGGUUGCCCGGCUGAGCCACGUUGCAACCCCGUUCGAGACCCCGGACAGCUCCCCUUCCCAGUUAAACCAGAGCGGGUCAUCCGGGGAAGACGACGAGGAGGAGGAAGAGAGAAGAAAUGAAAAUCCAGCAACCUCAAGUCCAUCUUCACUGCCAUUAAGUCCAAUGAAGGAGCUCCCUGUUAAAGCUGCUUCUGUUGCUUUGAGGAAUGCUAGGUCUUUAGGCCCUUCUGCUAGUGAAUCAACUAGUCAUAUUGGUCGAUCUUCAUCUUCUUCGGGUUCACCUCGUACUUCACCUUCGUGGUAAUGUUUUUAUUUCCCAAUUAGGUACAUUUUGGUGGUGUCAAACUUGAUUGUUCUAUGAGAAUUUCACUUGUUUUUAGUCAAAGUUGAAGCAUCAAUCAAAUGUUCUUUGUAACAGGUAGGAAAUGAUUUUGGCAUAGUAAAAGUUGAUUUAAGUACUGAAUUUAAGCACACCCUCUGUGAAAACACAAUUUUAUGUGAUUCAUGCUUCUACAAUUCUGUUCA